CGGUUUAACCGUCGAACCGGAUUAUUAAGGACUCAGAUAAAACCGACCGGCGAACCGAUCGAUACUUUCUUCUCGAGGAGUCGAGGAAUCUGGAGGGGUUUGGCUUGCCGAGAAGAAGCAAACCCUAACCUUUCGACUGUUAUUUGCAUCUUAUCUGCAACAAUGUACGGAGGAGAUUCGAUGCAGCAGCAGCAGCAGCUCCCACCGAUGCAGAAUCAACACCAUGUAGCCGCCGGAGGUCCACCGAUGCAUCCACCACCGAUGAUGCGUCAUCCCUCAGCCUCUUCCACUAAUCUCAAUCCCGACUACCACCAUCCCUCUGCCCCAAAUCCCUUCGACUCGCAUGUAGACAGUUUUGGGGCGAAACGAAUGAGGAAGCACACACAGAGAAAGGCUGUUGAUUACACGAGUACCGUUGUGAGAUACAUUCAGGCUCGAACUUGGCAGCGAGACUCAAGGGAUGUGACCUCUUUGCAACCAACCCCAGCUGCUGCAGUUGAUAUGCUUCCUCCAGUUGCCUAUUCAGAUAAUCCUUCUACAAGCUUUGCUGCAAAGUUUGUUCACUCGUCUCUAAACAAGAACCGUUGCUCAAUCAACUGUGUAUUGUGGACACCUUCAGGAAGACGUCUUAUCACUGGCUCCCAAAGUGGGGAGUUUACUCUUUGGAAUGGGCAGUCUUUCAAUUUCGAGAUGAUUCUUCAGGCGCAUGAUCAACCUAUAAGGUCGAUGGUAUGGAGCCACAAUGACAUUUGGAUGGUUUCUGGUGAUGAUGGAGGCACACUAAAGUAUUGGCAGAGCAACAUGAAUAAUGUGAAAGCCAAUAGAACUGCUCACAAGGAAUCUAUUCGUGAUCUAAGUUUCUGUAAAACAGAUUUGAAGUUCUGUUCGUGUUCUGAUGAUACAACUGUUAAAGUUUGGGAUUUUACCAAGUGCCAAGAAGAAAUUACAUUAACCGGCCAUGGUUGGGAUGUCAAGUGCGUCGACUGGCACCCCACAAAAUCCCUACUAGUUUCUGGUGGAAAAGAUCAACUUGUCAAAAUCUGGGAUGCCAGAACUGCGAGAGAGCUUUGCUCACUUCAUGGUCACAAAAACAUGGUGCUUAGUGUGAAGUGGAACCAAAAUGGCAAUUUGCUUUUAACAGCCUCGAAAGAUCAAAUAAUUAAGCUGUAUGAUAUAAGGACUAUGAAAGAGCUUGAAUCCUUCCGUGGGCACACGAAAGAUGUAACAUCUUUGGCGUGGCAUCCAUCCCACGAAGAGUACUUUGUCAGUGGGAGCCUUGACGGAUCAAUUUGUCAUUGGAUUGUGGGGCAUGAAAACCCGCAGAUUGAAAUCUCAAAUGCUCAUGAUAACAGUGUUUGGGAUCUUGCAUGGCAUCCUAUUGGAUAUCUUCUUUCCAGUGGUAGCAACGAUCACACAACCAAGUUUUGGUGCAGAAACAGGCCUGGAGAUAAUCCUCGAGAUGCCCUUACUAUGCAGAACCAAGGCUAUAAUGAUCAAGGUUUUGGCAAUCGCAUGCUUGAUAAUUUCCAACCAUCCGAGGCAUCGCCAACUCCUGGAGCAUUUGUUCCUGGGCUGACACGGAAGGAGGGGACCAUCCCGGGAAUCGGAAUAGCAAUGCCAUUUGAUGCAUCCUCACAAGGGGAACAUAAACAGCCUCUUCCAGGUGGCAUGGCUCCUCCGCUGCCACCUGGUCCCCACCCAUCGCUUAUAGGGAGUGGCCAGCAGCAAGGGUAUCAGCAACAACACCACCACCACCAAGGUCAUCCCCAGCAAAUCCCUCCAAUGCCCAAUAUGCCUCAUCUUCAGCGACCACCGUCGUCUCAUAUGCCAUUGCAUGCUCAUCAUCCCCGGCCUAUGCAAAUGCCUCCUCACGGUCACAUGCCACCUUCAUCAAUGCCUAUGCCUCAUCAGAUACCCGGACCAAUGGGAAUGCAAGGGGGUAUGAAUCCUCAGAUGUCGCAAGGCCAUUAUAUGGGUCCUGCUUCUGGAGCAUUUCAAGGACCACCAACCAGUGGUGGACCAAUGUAUCCUCAAGGACGUGGUUUCAACCGUCCACAGAUGAUGCCAGGGUACAACAACCCUUUCCAACAGCAGCCGCAACCGCCUUUGCCUGGAGGCCCUCCACCAAACACCAAUCAACAACAUCAGUAGACCACCGUUGUAACAGUAUAUAUUCUGUUUGUAGACCAAUUCUUACAAGAAGUUGGUUCUAAGAUUUGUCAAAGCUGUGAAAUGGUUUUGCUGUUAUGUUUGAUUCUUCUUAGCUGAACAAGUUACUGUAAGGAAGUUUUAGUGACUUCACAUGUCAAGUACUCCAGAUUGGUUUUCGUUUAACAAAACUUAAGGAAAACUUCUUUUAUUUCA